UAACUUUGUAACAGACAGAAAUUCUGGUGAAGUCAUGACAGUCGGAAUCAACGCUAUCAAAGAACUGGUGGCCCGGUGUCCUCUGUCUAUGUCUGAAGACCUUCUGCAAGAUCUGGCACUGUACAAAACCCACAAAGAUAAAAAUGUCGUGAUGUCAUCCAAAGCUCUUAUCCAGCUCUUCAGAAGUCUGAAUCCACAGAUGCUACACAGAAAAGACAGGGGAAAGCCCACAGAAUUUUCCAAAGAGGCCAAGAUUCAAUGUUACGGUGAACUGGAGGCCAAAGGCUACAUCCCUGGAGCUGAAGUGCUGGAGGUGGAAGAGAAUGCAGAGAUGGAAGACGGUCAAGAUGGCUGGGAAAUCGCCAGCAUGAGUGAAGGUGAUGAUGAAGAUGGAGAAUGGGUGAACGUGCAACACUCCUCCGAUGAAGAGCAGACAGAAGUGACUGAGAAAUUGCAGAGUAUCCCGGAGGACGAGCGGAAAGCUUAAGCCACCGAGGUCAGCGGCAGCCGACUCCUCACGCAAGACAACAAAAAUCGCCCAGAUUGGCAAAGAGGUCAACGCUGCACCCGGCAAGGGUCAGAAGAGGAAGAACGCAGAGAUUGAUG